AUGUCGCACAUUCCGUCAAUAGAUUAUUUCAACAAUGCUAUUUGGAAUAUUCAACCAGUCUUUGAUAAACCGUCUUCACAAGAUCCCUCUACAUCACACUCUGAAAAUUUCGUAGUCGUCCCGCAGAGCCAGCUAGAUUCUUCUAUCCGACUGAUAAAUUCUGAAUUCGAGAUAAUGGGCUAUUCAAAAGUUUUAAGGGUGGAAAAUGGAGAAAUUCAAAUCACUAUGAAUAGUUUUAUUGAUGGUGUGUUAAAGUUGAUUACAUCCUAUCGUAAAAGUUUAAAUAGUCGUGAAGAAAUUGAAUUAAAUUUUCAUCGUGUACAGUCAGAUUUAACUCAAGUACAAAAACUUUAUCGAAGAUGUCAGCAAAAUUUGGAAGAAACACAAAGAUCAAAUGAAUUAAUCAAAGAAAGGGAAAAACAAGCUUUAAAUGAUAAAAAGUUACUUAAUGAUCGUUUGAAAUCUACAUGUAAUGAACUUCGUAAAGUUCAGUCAAAUUUCCAACGACAUGAAAUCCAAUUUCUACACGAACGUCGUAAGCUAGAGAAAGAAGCAACGGAUCUUCGGAAACGCUUAACAUUUUUAAUUGACAAAGCCACUCCUAACUGGAACAAAGGACAAAAAACAAAUAAACCGUCUUGUUCUCCAACGGUUUUAUCAAUGUCACAGUGGUUUUUAUCGUCAGAAGUUGAUAAAAAGCCUGAAAUAACAAAUGGGGAACCAUCCAGUUCCCGGAGAUUUGGAAGUACAAUUCGAACUAAUUCUGGUUUAGGUAGUGCCAAAUUUGAGUCAGUUACCUCAGUCAAUAACUUUGAUUCUCACAUCAAAGACGAUUUGGAUGUUCAAACCUCCAGGGCUGAUUUAUCAUCAUUAAUAGUUCAACAACUGGAAAGUCGCCAAAAUGACUUACUUUAUGAGAAUCGUGAACUUCGAGAUCUUGUCAGUCAACUCUCUUUAAGAAUGAUUCGAUUCACUGAUUUUCUCCAACGACAUUGUACUACAUGGGUACAAAAUAAUGAUAAUGUGCUUCACUCCAAUGAAUUCGAUGAUGAAUUCUUUUCACUUGAUGACGAAGAAGACGACGGCGAUGAGUAUUUUAGACGAGAAUCAUCCGACGAAGAUUAUUCAACUAUUGGCAUGUCUAAAGAAAAUGGUCGUAGAAAAUCAGCUCUUGUUAAUAAUCUUUUAAUUGAAUUACCGUAUGCAGUAAUUCGUGAUGAUCUUACCAGACGCGUGCGUUAUGUAUCUCGAUGUCUUUGGUGUAAAUUAAAAUGUUUAGCCAAACACUAUGCGACAAAAACAGGAGUAACAACAGAGAGAAAUGUAACAGAAAAUGUUGUAAAUUCACAAACUUUUGUAUUAGACCUCCCAAGGUCUAUUGAUGGAGAUAAUGAAUAUAAUGAAGUGGAACUAUUAAAAAGUCAGUUAGCUGAUGUGAAAUCUUUGGCUGGUUGUAAGUCUUUAUUAAAGGGGAAAAAGUUGAUUAUGGAGGAUAUUUUAUUCUCAAGUUAUAACUUGGACAAACUGAAAAUUUUGGAUUUAACCAGUUCGAAUCCGGAACUUGAUGGGAAAAAUGAAGUACACUUUGACAAACAUAAUGUUCCUUUAUUAUUGAAGGAAUCCAGUAUUCGAAUUUCAAAGAAAAAUAGAACGGACAGCUCAAAUUCAUCAGAUAAUUUACUUUAUUCUCCAUGUAAUUAA